UUAAUGGUUGAACUAGCCUAAUCACAUUGUCAUAAUUAGGUCAUUUUAAUUUAAUUCUUGUUGAAGCUAGUACUGCUUGAAUGCAACAACCUGUGGAAUUCAUGACUUCUCUUCUCAUAUAAUUUAACUUGAGUAUUUUCCUUGCUAUCCACUUGCUAGAAUUAGUUUGUUGAUCUCUUUGCAUGCAUUUGCGUAGUGGUCGUCUAGUAACUAGUUCUGAAGAACAGUCUAAUUCCAAAUCAAAGUCUAGUUCUGAACCCCAGUCUAGUCCUCAAUCCCGCCUAAACAUGGAUCCUCCUCCCCAAGAUGAAUUAAGACAAGCCAUCGCAGAGCUUACUGCCCGUCUAGGCCACUUAGAGGCUAGGUAUGACGAGGAAAAUGCACAUAAUGGAAGAAAUAAUAAUAGGCAUGGCCCUCACCCUAGGCAAGACCAUAGAGACAAUGAAGACAACUCCGCUAAGCAUAUCAAAGUAGAGGCCCCUACCUUCGAUGGUGUUAGGAACCCUCAGGUCUACAAUGAUUGGGUGCGAGAGAUGGAUCAUUUUUUUGAGUGGUAUGAACUGUCUGAGGAUAGAAAGGUUAGGUUUGCCAAAAUGAAACUUGUAGGAAGAGCAAAACUCCAUUGGGAUAGUGUUGUCAACCACCUCCGUAAGACCCGCCAACCACCCAUAACUCUUUGGGAAGAAAUGAAGGCCAAGCUCAAUGAAAAGUACUUCCCAGUCUCUCAUCAAGGCAAUUUGUUGGAUCAAUGGCAUGAUUUGAGACAAGACAAUAGGUCUGCUACUGAGUAUGUAGAACAAUUUGAAGAGUACAGGAUACGUAGCAAUGCAACUGAGGAUGAGCCAAUUACCUUGAGCAGAUUUAGGAAAGGCCUCAAUUAUGAUCUUCAAAGAGAAUUGGUGGCUCGACAAAUCUCAACUCUUGAUGAUGCUUAUACCUUAGUGCAAGAUUUAGAGCUGAUCCCUAGGCCCCAAGGUGGAAGGAGAUUUGACAAUCGCAUGUUGCCUCGCAACAAUUUUGAUGGUCCCCAAGGUAGAUACCUCCAAGGUACCCAAAAUAGGCCUUAUCUCAACAACAGACCCUUACACAUAGAAGAAAAUCCUCAGGGUAGAUACCAACAAGGUCCUCAAACUAGACCCAAUCCCAACAAUAGGCCCUUACGCCCAGAAGACAAAGGGAAGAGUGUGGUUAGAGAGACAUUUAGGCCAAAUUCUAGAAUCCAGUGCUUUAAGUGUCAAGGCUUUGGUCAUAUGGCUGCCCAAUGUCCUAAUAAGACUUUGUUGAUUGAAGAAUUGGAUGGAGAGGAAGAGGUAGAAGAAGUAGUCUAUGAGCCUAACAUUGAAGACAUUGUAGAAAUAGGAGAGGAUGAUCCCACCCAAUUAGCUUGCAUUAGAGCCCUACCAUCUUUUGAUAACCUCAACAAAGGUAGUCUUGAUACUCCUGUAAUGAGUGUUGUUAGGUGUGCUCUAGCACAGUCCCGAGAAAGUGAUGAUUGGAAAAGAAAUACUAUCUUCCAAACCUUUGUCAAGUGUGGAACCACAAAUUGCAAGGUUAUCAUUGACAGUGGAAGUUGCAUUAAUGCAGUUUCUUCUAAACUUGUCUCCCUCCUAGGUUUGAAGUUAGUUGCCCAUCCUAAGCCCUAUAAGGUUUCUUGGGUAGAUGAUUCAUCUAUCACCAUCAAGGAUAGGUGUCUUGUUCCUAUUCAUAUCCUCUCAUACAAGGCUUAGAUUUCAUGUGAUGUGAUUCCAAUGGAUGUAGGACACAUAAUUUUGGGACGACCAUGGCUCUAUGAUUUAGAUGUCACUCUUUAUGGUCGCUCAAACUCUUGUUCCUUCAUGCACAAUGGACAAAGGAUUAAGCUUAACCCAGUCAAAACUAAGUUUGUUAGUGCAAGAAAGGCUAGAGAAGAGCCCAAAAAGCAAAGUAUGAACCUCAUUAGUCCAAAAGAACUUGAAAGAGCUGUCAAUCAAGACUCCAUCAUCUUUGCUUUGGUUGUUAAGGAAA